AUUUGGUGUUUGCGAUCCAGUAAAGAAGCAAAGCGUAGAGCUCAAACUUACGAAACUCAUGGUGUAAAGGAUGCUUACAUAAUAUCUCUCAAUGCCUCUGAGGCUAUUGACGCCACUAAGAAAGGAAGCCUUGCUAGGUUUAUAAAUCAUUUAUGUAAACCAAACUGUGAGACGAGGAAGUGGAAUGUUCUUGGAGAAGUCAGAGUUGGGAUCUUUGCCAAAGAGAGCAUAUCUCCAAGGACUGAGCUGGCUUAUGACUAUAACUUUGAGUGGUACGGUGGAACCAAAGUCCGUUGUCUCUGUGGUGCAGUCUCUUGCUCUGGCUUUCUUGGAGCCAAGUCUCGUGGCUUUCAGGAGGAUACAUACGUAUGGGAGGACGGUGAUGAUCGGUACUCAGUUGAUAAGAUUCCGGUCUAUGAUUCUGCGGAAGACGAGCUUACAUCUGAGCCUUGUAAGAAUGUUGAGUCCAACACAAAUGAAGAGAAAGAUAUUGUGAAGGAGGAGAAUAAGCUCCAAACCUGCUGUGUGGUUCGGAAGGUUAUGAUUAUGAUUAGACUUUUGUGAGUUUCGCUGUAAGUGACAUUUGUACCAUUUGAUUAUU